AUGGCUCGCUCCUGCUCGCUCCUCAAACCCGAGCCCCACCGCCUCCUCUGCCUAGGGGCGCACCGCGAUAUGGCGUUGAAGCUGCAGACCAAGCUGGCGCCACACUUCACAUGGUGCGCGAUCCUGACCAAGAUCGAGCCGCGGCGGACGUACUCGCUGGACAAUUUCGCCCUGCUGCUCGACACGCUGCACCCGGCGCCCGAAGGCGUGAUCGUGGGCGGCGGCUUCAGCGACGAAGAGGGCGAGGAGAUGCGCCGGCUGGUCGAAGCGCGCGGCAGGGCCGGGGACGGCACGCCCAUGCGCUUCGUCAAGGUCCCCUCCGGGACGUUGGAGAGGAGUGGGCCCGAGGGGCUGGUCGGGACGAUCAAGGAGUUGUUGGGCGAGGCAUUUGGGGUGGAGUGGUAA